AUGGUGCGAAGGUCAGUAGAGGGGAGCAGGGGGAGCGUGGUGACGGGGGAGGAGAGGGAGCCGAUGCCGGAGACGGUGGUGGUGAAGGCGAACGGGCGGUCGGCGAUCCUGUCGCUGGUGGCGACGAUGCUGUGGGUGUGCCCGAUUGCCCUCACUGUGUUCCUCUGCCUGGUCGCCCUCUACUGCCGCUCGACAGCUUCGCUCUGGUAAGGGCAGCGGGGGGAGAUUACUGUUCCUUGUAGUAUUUUUCCCUCCGGAUCGGCGAUGCUCUCCGGCUCUGAUGAUAUCUUUCUGAAAAGCCAUUGCUCUCCUUCUCCAGGAUCAUGGGGUUUCUGCUCCUGCUCACCUUUGGACCCGUCAGCGAUAAGAGCAAGUACGGGAGAGCUAUUGGAAGGUGCGCUCGGGGUCUACUCCCCUUGUCCCUCUGCAAUUUCGAUAGUUCUCGGUGAUCCUGAUCGCGGGAACUCCUGUUCUUAAAUCGGAUCGGAGAUACUGUAGACUAGGGUUUGCCAUCUUGUCUGCUGUUACUCAUUGGUUUUGUUCCUCUUUUCAUCUCUCAGCUUCGUCGGAAGGUAUUCCCCAGGCCACUUCCAUGUCAAUGUUCACUUCGAGGAUGUGAAGGCUUUUGACGACAGCAAAUCAUACGGUACGGAUUAUUUAUUGCAGUUGACCACUCAUGCAUUCGAGUUUUCCCUCUUUGCCUGUCCCUCGGGAUCGGCCAUCGGCCUGCAAUCUCCUCGGGCCGCAGUUUGUCCUGAGUACGAUUUCUGGUUGAAUCUGAAUACGAAGCAUCUUUGUUCUUCCGGAGAAACGCGCUCUUAGGGGCCAUUCGCUCAUGAAUGGAGCAGUAGUACCGUGUUAUGAAUAAAAAAUACGGUGAUUCUUAUUCCAUUCUCUACCUUGCUAAAUGGAAAUCAUUCGAUGCCGGAGAUUAAUGGAGUGAAACUAUGAGAAAUCCAUCCAUGCGCGAAGUUAUCACAACAGGAGGAUCAUCAAUGUAGAGAUCCUCGAGGAAACUCUGAAUUCGGCGGGCAGACUUUUUUUUCUUCUUCUCAGGUUUCCCCCUCUUUGGAUAAAUUAAAGCGAUAAUUUCCGUCUCCACCGACUGCAUCAUCGAAUCUAAACUAUUUCAAACGGUUUAGGAAACUUUGAUUGAUCGAAUGAUUCUUUUUCAAGGGGGAUGAAUCCUCCAAGAACAUCUUGUAAGGCUGCAUGCGAAAUCACCAGACGAGGGCAAAGAAAUAACUCUGAAACCUCUAUUUUGAUGCAGUUAUCGCGGCUGAGCCACACUCGAUAUUCCCUGUUGGGGCUGUCUCCCUCUUGAACAUCACCGGGCUCAUGCCUCUCACCAAGUCCAAAGUUCUCGCCAGCACUGCGGUAAGCACAGCUCCCUCCCUCAGACAAGGAGCACACCAUGUACUCCCCAUUAAUAGCUGUUUAUGGGUCAGACAACAGCUCAUUGAAUCCCCUGCUGUCUGAAUUCUCUUGCUUCAGAUAUUUUGCACGCCAUUUCUCCGGCAAGUGACAACGUGGAUGGGUCUUGUGCCCGCUACAAGGAAGAACUUUGUCAACUAUUUGAAGGCGGGCUAUAGCUGUAUAGUCAUCCCAGGGGGCGUCCAGGAGAUCAUCUAUAUGAGCAAAGAUUAUGAGGUGAGGCAAAGCUUAUUUAGGGGCUGUCUUCAGUUUCAUCUCUCUCUCUCUCUCUCUCUCUCUCUCUCUCUCUCUCGCUCCUUAGUUGAUGAGGAUCAUGAUUUCCUCAGGUUGUUUACCUCAAGAAGAGACAUGGCUUCGUUCGGGUGGCGAUCGAAACAGGGAGCCCAUUGGUUCCUGUUUUUUGCUUUGGUCAGGUAAGGACACCAACAUUCAUCGAAUCUUUUCCUUUAGAUCAGAGCGCCAGAUCUGAUCCCUCUCUCUCUAGUAAAUGCCAAAGGACUAAUGCCAUCACUCUUAGAUAUUUAAGGUCAAAGGACUUCACCCAAUUGGUUUCUGUCUCUGUCUCUCUCUAUAUGCACAUAUGUAUAUAUAGCAUGCAUCAUUGCCAAAUAGGGAAAACAAUCCAGAGGUCACCAAAACCAAAUAUGAGAAGGAAAAUAUCUGAGGGCACAGCAAGAACAUCCAAGCAUGGCAGGGAGGUGGGGGGUAGUGAUGUCGCAUGAUAACUUGGAGAAAUGUUCGUGUGUUCUUCAUGUUUGAUAACUUAUGGCGUUUGGUUUGGUUUGUAGAACAAGGCCUUCAAUUGGUGGAAGCCGGGGGGCAAACUGUAUGUUCACCUUUCCAGAGCGAUGCGCUUUGCUCCGUUGGUAUUCUGGGGAGUCCUCGGGUAAGUAAAUAGGCACCUCAAAGUUUCCUCUCUCUCUCUCUCUAUAUAUAUAUAUCUAGAAAAUGUCAACGGAUGAAUGCCAGCCGUCUUACCCUGUUUGGACUAGACCCGAUUUCUCUCUCUCUCAAUAUAUAUAGUAAAUGUCAACUGAUGAAUGACAUCCAUCAUAUGCUCUUUAGGUCAAAGCAUCAGAUGAUGCAAUGGCUCUCUCUCUCUCUCUCUCACUGUCACUCACUCUCCCAAUGGAUGAUCCCUGCAGAUCCCCGAUUCCCUACCGCAGCCCAAUCCACGUCGUAGUGGGGAAGCCGAUGGAGGUCAAGCAGAACCCCAACCCCUCGACCGAAGAGGUGAGCAGCCCCCUCCUCCAACCUUUCUGGAGCCACCUUCCCUCUCCCCUCCACAUCCACGGGAGAGUCAACGUUGACCAACAACUCACUCCUUUCUCCCUCCCCCCUCGUGCUAACAGGUCGCAGAGCUACACGCCCAGUUCCUCUCCAACGUGGAGACCCUCUUCUCCAAGUACAAAGAUGCCACGGGGAACGCCGGGACGGAGCUCAUGAUCCUCUAA